AUGGCCGAUGCGCUGGAAAGCGAUCCUCGAUCAGUUAUCAAGGACUACAGCUGUGAAACAGAAAAGGAGGACACGUAUCAGCAGAUGAGGCACGCAAUCCCAGCAAGGACGAAUAUUCACUGCCAAAGAGUUUCUUGCAAGAGACGAGAAUUGAUUCGUGAAAUUCAAGCACAAAAACUUGCUCAAGCCUUGGAAAUUGACGAACUUGAAACAGGGUCUGGGUUAAAUCAAGAACUUGGUUUGAAGAGGCCCGGGGACAUUUAUUGGAGUUCUCACUACAAGACUCUUUUAAAUGUCAUGGACCUAUUUUCUACAAUUGUUAAGGUUCUUAUGAUUAUUGGAAAGAAUGGCUCUAAAUCGGAUGAUAAGUGCAAAGCUCAAGGCAUUUUGUACUCAAUGGAGUCAUUUGACUUUGUUUUUAUGGCACAACUAAUGACUACUAUAUUUGGUUUGGAAGCUUGUUAUGUGCCUCAUGGAAGAUCAAAGCGUUUUGUUCAACAAGUUUCCUAUCGUCAUCAUUUUCGCAUUGAUGUGUUUAUAGAGAUGCAUGGCUUGCUUCAGCCUAGAGAUGACUUCUCUUCUUUUGACAAAGAAAGUGUACUCAAACUUGCAACAUUUUAUCCUUCUGAUUUUUCAAGCAUUGAUUUGAGGUCUCUUGAUUGUCAACUUGAUAUAUUCAUGGAGGAUAUGAGAAGAGAUAAUGACUUUCAAAAUUUGCAAGAUCUUAGUUCUCUUUCAAUGAAGUUUGUUGAAACAAAGAGGGAUGUGGCUUACCCCUUUGUAUUUUUGCUUAUCAAGUUGAUUUUGAUUCUUCCAGUUGCUACUGCAAGUGUAGAGAGAGUAUUUUCUUGA